ACAUCAUGGUGGAAGUUUUGUUUGGAAGCCCAACAUCGAGUAUGUGGAGGGUGAAGUAAAGUGUCUUUUGGACUGUGAUAGAGAAAAGUUAUCAUAUUUUUACUUCCAAACACUAUACCAUAUUUUGGUAGGGAAAAAUGAACCAUGCUUAGUGUACUACAGAUUACCAGGUGUAUCAUUGGAGAACGGCUUAUGUUCUUUGAAAACAGAUAUUGACGUGCAUGCAAUGGUUGAUGUAUAUGAUGGAUUAAAUGUUAUUUGUAUGUAUAUGGUAAAAGAAUCAGAACUUGAUGGUGGACAUGUUGGGACAGAGACUGGGAGUGAAAGACAAAAAGAUAUUGUGGUUUUUAUUGAUGAUGAUGUUGAGAAACAAGGUGAAGAAGAAAUUGAAGGAAAUUGUGACAAAACUGUGACCAGUGAAGAUGAAAAGUUGGGAGAUGACAAGGACAAGCCACCAUCUGUACUUAGUAGUGCCCCUAGCUGGUAUGAUGAAGGUUUAGAGAUGCCAAAUGAUGACAUAUUUGGGGCUGUAGCUGAACCUGGUGGCCCUAAUUUUCUUUCAAAUGAUUGGUUCUCCGAUUCUGAAGAUCCUACACAAGCGGAAGAGCUGAGGAGUUUGAGUAAUUCUGAAGAUGGUGAAAUGACGAGAAAAGAGAUUGCCAAUACUGAUGAGUUUAAUGAGGUGACUGGCAUGAAAAAUCCAACUUUAUUUGUUGGAUUGAAAUUCUCGACAGCACAAGUAUUCAGAAAAGCUAUGGUGAGAUGGAAUGUGAUAAGAGGACAUGAUAUCGAAUACAUAAAAAAUGAGAAUAAGGUGAUAACUGCCAAGUGUAAGUAUGAAUGUGGGUGAAGGAUACAUGCAUCUCCAAUUGGUCGAACAUCAACAUUUCAGAUUAAAACUUUUUCUCCAGAGCACACAUGUGGAAGAAAGCAUGAAAAUCAUCUUGUCAAUUCUAGAUAUAUCUAGUUGAUGAGUACUUGGAUGAUUUGAGAGAUAAUGAUGAAAUGAGAGUGACAACAAUGAAAAGGAAGGCCAAAAUAGAUUUGAAUGUGGAAGUCAGCAAAUGGCAAUUUUAUAGAGCACGGAAUAAAGUGAAACAAAUUGUGGAGGGCGACAUUAAGAAGCAAUUUGCACUCUUGAGGAAUUACUGUUCAACAGUGAUUCAACAUAAUCCAGGUAGUUGCUUCAAUAUUCAAACAGUUCAGAAUAAUGUUGAAACUAGUGGUGAACAUAGAUUUUUGAGAUUGUAUGUUAGGUUAGCUGCACAAAAAGCUGGAUAUUUGGCUGCUUGCAGGCCCAUUGUAGGCCUCGAUGGUUGUUUUCUUAAAGGCUUUGUUGGGGGUCAAAUGUUGAGUGCUGUUUGUAGGGACGGAAAUGAUAACUUAUUUCCACUUGCAAUAGCUGUCGUAGAAUCUGAGUGCAAGGAUACAUGGACAUGGUUUCUCACACAAUUUCUCUUUGACAUGGGCGGGGUUCAAGAAAGAGGAUGGGUUUUCAUAUCUGAUAGACAAAAAGGACUUGUUGAGACCAUUAACGAGUUGAUGCCAGGUGUUGAGCACAGGUUUUGUUUGAGGCAUAUGUAUGCCAACUUCAAACAAAAAUACAAAGGCAAGGAGUUGAAAGAUAUGUUCUGGAAAGCAUCAUCUACUGCUAAUAUGAACGAUUGGAAAUGUGCUAUGGAGGAUAUUAAGAAAGCUGAUCCGCCAACACUUGUGAAUGGAGAUGAGGGUGAAUGUGCUUUCAACUGGUUAAUGAAGGCGAACCCUCAGAAUUGGGCUAGAUCACACUUCAGCACUAGAGCCAAGUGUGAUAUCCUAGUCAAUAACAUGAAUGAGUCAUGGAACAACUACAUUUUAGAUGCAAGAGAUAUGCACAUAAUCUCAAUGUUGGAAUGGAUUAGAAAAGCUUUGAUGACAAGAUUUCAGGUGAAAAGGGCUGGCAUGUUGAAACAUAAUGGAAAAAUUGGUCCAAAUAUUUUCAAGAAGCUAGAAAAAAUUAAAACAGCAAGUGGUAAUUGUUUUCCUACUUGGUCAGGGGGGAUGGUCUUCGAAGUUGAAUGUUACGAGGGGGUUAGUGUUAAACAAUGUUCUGUGAAUUUGGAGGCAAAAACAUGUACAUGUAGGAUGUGGGAUGUAAGUGGAAUUCCUUGCAAGCAUGCAGUUAGUGCUAUAUUUCUCAAUAAACAACAACCAGAGGACUAUCUGCACCCAUGCUUCAGUAGAGAUGCUUAUCUUGCCACUUACAACUUUCAAAUAUUUCCAGUGCCCGGGGAGCAUGAUUAUGUGUCAACUGGUUUACCACCAUUAUUACCUCCUAUUAUGAAGAAGCAACCUGGAAGGCCUAAGAAAAAGAGAAAUAAGACUGCUGAUGAGCUACCUUCAACCACGACAAGCAAACAAAUUGUUCCUUCCAAAGUGUCGAGAAAGAACUUGCCAGUUACAUGUGCCAAAUGUCUCAAAACAGGACAUAACAAAAGAGGGUGCAAGGGAGAUAUGCAUCCCAACUCUAAGUUGUUGAAGGUAAAGUAUAUAUAUUUUAUUGAAAAAUAAUUUUAUUAUUGUUUACUAAUUUUUCAUUAUUUUAUUGCAGCCUAGAGAUGUCCAUCAAAGUGGAGUUAAAAGAAAGGAGAAAAGACAUACUCAAAGUGAACAACAUUCAGUUCAUAAUCAAGUAGUUGGCUCUCGACCUCAAUUCCAGAAUCCAUUCACAUCAAGCAAUUCAUUACCAUCCGAGUCUGCUAGGCCACAUUCUUCAUCCCAACCUCAACCUCAAUUUCAGGUUUGUUUUGAAAUCUUUGAGGAUGUAUAUAAAUUGUGUAUCUUAAUUUAUCGAUUUAUUUUGUUCAUAAUAU